AUGUUCAAUGUUUCUUUUUUUCAGUGUAUCAGCACAAAAAUAGAAGCCAGUGGCUCACACCAGCACGGGCAGAGAAGGUCAACCGCCGCCAGGUCCGGCGGUGGUUCCUCGUCGGCCGGCUCGUUUAGUGCAGCGGCGACGACUGGAACCGCCGUUAACGGACAACAACAUCAGUCAUCGUCCUCCUCGUCUGCUGGUGGUGGCGAUCAGAAGAAGCGCCAUUCUACUGCCAGCAAAAAGAAAAUGCGUAUCAUGGGUUGUGUCCUAGGCAGUAACGGUGGAGGGACAGAAGCAGAAGAAGAGGAACGUGAACGCGAAAGACUUAAUAAACAAGUAAAUAAAGAAAUCAACAAAGAAUUAAAGAAGGACAAAAAAGUUCUACGUGCCACUCACAGGCUUUUGUUGUUAGGAGCUGGAGAAAGUGGAAAAUCAACAAUUGUAAAACAAAUGCGCAUUCUUCACAUUAAUGAGUUUUACGAUCAUGUUUCCAAUUGUUGGGCGGACAAAGGUGUUCAAAGCUGUUUUCAACGGUCUAACGAAUAUCAGCUCAUUGAUUGUGCCAAAUAUUUUUUAGAUAAAGUUGAUGAAGUUAGAAAAUUAGAAUAUAAUCCCUCUGAACAAGAUAUUCUUCGUUGUCGUGUUAUGACUUCUGGAAUAUUUGAAACAAAAUUUGAAGUUGAUAAAGUGCGCUUUCAUAUGUUUGAUGUUGGAGGCCAAAGAGAUGAACGUCGAAAGUGGAUUCAAUGUUUUAAUGAUGUAACUGCAAUUAUUUUUGUGUGCGCAUCCUCCUCUUAUAAUUUGGUGCUUUUGGAGGACAGUACACAAAAUCGAUUGAGGGAAUCUUUAGCUCUUUUUAAAAAUAUUUGGAACAAUCGGUGGUUAAAAAGUAUUUCUGUUAUUCUUUUCCUCAAUAAACAAGAUAUGCUUGCCGAGAAAAUCAAAGAGGGCCGGCAUAAAUUGGAAACUUAUUUUCCCGACUUUGCUAAUUAUCAACUGCCAAUGGAUGAGAGAAUGCCUUCUGAUGAAGAUUCUAAUGUGUACAGGGCUAAAUGCUACAUUCGAGGAGAAUUUUUAGUGAGUUUGUUUUUUAUAAAUUAA